UGGUCGUUCCAAAGACGAACCGUUUUAAAAGACAGCUUUGUGUUCCGCGACGAUGGAACCGUUUUACAUUUUGUUUCAAAGCAGUCCUCGUCGCACAACCAGUCCUCGAAAUGUUUGACGCGAAUUUGUACUUACAUGCAAUGUAAAUACAAGCUAGAAUACAAUGAAACUAUUCGUAGCUCGUUCCGUUCGUUUCUAUCUUUGAUAAAGCAAAAUAAAUUAACUACUAUUACUUGUGCAUUACGGUCGAUUAUCAUAUGCACUACAAUAUAUUUCGAUGUUUUGUCUCGUUCACAACGCGGUGGUCAUUGCUGCGUAUCGUAUAAUGAUAGACAUAGAAUUCAAAGUCACUUAGCAAUAAAAUCAUAGUACGGAACGAGACGAUGGAUGGCGCUGUUCGUUCUUCGUUCGAUGCGUCUCGUCGCGACUCGCUCGACAUUCAUGACCGCGGCCGCGCGAUAUGUACCUAUAUUGUUUGUUUACAUUUUUUAGUUUGAAUGCGCGCGCGUGAAGUUCACAUCAGAAAAUUCAUUUUCAAAAAGGUUUUAACUAAUUGUAAUUUAUAAGUGUAGAUACUGUUGAUUGUUUUGUAAAUAAGUGAGUGAUUAAACUAGGUAGAGUAGGUAAUUCAUUUGAGUAAAUUAUUAACUGAACUUAAUUAUUUUUUAACAAUGUCGGCGUUGCGUAAAAAUGCCAGUGCAUUGUGGGCGUAUUAUGACAAGGACGAUGUUAAUAAAAAGGCUCAGUGUCAUUUAUGUCAUGAUAGUUUAAGCUAUAAAUCAACCACAGCAAAUUUACGAAACCAUCUGAAACGAAAGCACAUUGGAACAUACACCUCACUAACUGAGGAAGAAAACCCUGAAAUUCAAAGUCGUCGUAAUGAGGAUGUUACAAGUUAUUUUUCACAACCUUCGACUUCCAGAACUGCAGCUCAAAGUGAUCAAAUUAUAGUUCCUCCGCCAACAAAAAAGAGCCAAAAAAUGGAUGCCUACAUAAAUAAAAAAAUUAGCACAGAGCAGAAAAAAAAAAUUGACCAAGACUUAUUAGAUUUAUGUAUAGAUAGUUUCCAUCCAUUUUCCAUUGUCGAAGAACGAUCUUUUAUUAAGUUUUGCCGAUGGAUACCAGGUUAUAAAUUACCUACAAGGAAAACUCUUUCAAAUUCCCUGCUUGAUGAAACUUACCAUAGAGUGGAAAAUGAAAUAAAGUCUCAAGUAACGAGUGAGGUUCAGUCAAUUUGUUUAUCUACGGACUUGUGGACUUCUCGAAGCACAGAGAGUUAUAUCGCGGUUACCGGCCACUAUCUCAACGAUGUUUUUGAAUUCAAAACAGUGCUAUUGGGGUGUUGUUAUUUUUCUGGCAAUCACACGUCACAAAAUAUAGCAUCCGAAAUAAAGGAUAUUGUGGAUCGGUGGGGUAUAAAUGGCAAAGUAAACUUUGUUGUUUCUGACAAUGGUGCUAACGUUGUGAAAGCCGUAAAAGAAAUUUUAGGGUUAAAACAUUUUGGAUGUUUUGCGCACACCUUAAAUUUAAUAGUACAAGAUGGAUUAAAAUUCUGCAAAGAUAAAAUAGAUAAGGUGAGACGAAUCGUGACUCAUUAUAAAAAAAGUACUGUGUCGGCAGAGCGCCUGGCCAAAUAUCAAUUGCAACAAAACAUUCAACCUAAGCAUCUGAUUCAAGACGUGGACACGAGGUGGAAUUCGACUUUUUACAUGUUGAGUAGAUUCGUGGAGUUAAAAGAAGCAGUCCGUUCUACAAUGGCUCUGAUCGAUCGGGAUUUGCCACAAUUAACAGCAGAAGACUGGAGUAUGUUCGAAGAACUAAUCGUUGUGUUGCGUCCAUUCGAAGAGCUCACAAAAUCCAUGAGUGGAGAAAAAUAUUUAACUGCGAGUUCUGUAAUCGUGAUGACUAGAUGUCUCAAAGAGGCAUUAAAUAUCGCAAUCAAUAAAACACAAUCAGAAACCGUCAGUGAUAUUGCUUUGUUAUUGAAUGCCGGUAUUACGGAUCGAUUAAAAUAUGUAGAAAAAAGCAGAACAUUGUCUCUAUGUACAUUUAUGGACCCGAGAUUCAAGAUGCAGGCUUUUGCAGAGCAAAAUGAAGCCAUACAAACAAAAGAAUAUGUCAAGAAGCUCAUUGCAGACAUAAUAAGCAGGGACGAGAAUGUAGAGCUACCUACAGAACAGAACCAAGAGUCGCAGCCGCAGUCCGAUGACGACUUAAGCCCAUGGACCAUUUUUGAUAAAUUGCUUGGGCAACCUAUGACUCAGGGAACUCCACUGUCUCGAGCUAUCAAAGAAAUUGACAUGUAUUUGUCUGAUGAUAGAUUGCCGCGAAAAAAUUCUGCUGGUGGCUGGAACUGUCCGUUGGAGUGGUGGAAAAACCAUCGUGCUGUCUAUCCAAAUUUAGCAAAAUUGUACAUCCGCCAGUGCAACAUUGUAGCAACGUCCGUUCCAUGUGAACGGAUGUUUUCUAAAUCAGGUUUAAUUAUAAACCAACGCCGGACGAGACUUACAACAAAAAAAGUAGAAAAACUUAUGUUCCUUAAUGUAAAUAUGCCGGAAGAAAGAUUUAAAAUGUAA